GAGAGAGAGAGAGAGAGAGAGAGAGAGAGAGGAAGAAGACGACGAAGUUGAACGGUAGACGCCAUUAGAGAGACCAAUACGCGGAACAGUCAGAAUCGGAGAAACGAAAACGGUUCUCACAUCCAAAACGUGACCUAAUUAAUGGAUUCUCGUCGUCUCUGUGUCGUCUUCUCGUUCUUCGCAUAGGAGAUCCGUCGGAUCGGAAAUGGAGGAAUCGGCCAUUAUGUCUUCUUCGUUUUCCGUUUUCACGAAUUACCCUCUGAUCUCCGCCUUCGUAUCUUUCUCCAUCGCCCAACUCAUCAAAUUCUUCACCUCCUGGUACAAGGAAAGAAGAUGGGAUCUGAAGCAACUCGUCGGAUCCGGAGGAAUGCCUUCUGCUCACUCAGCAACAGUUACAGCUCUCGCUGUAUCGGUUGGCUUACAAGAGGGUUUCGAUGGAUCUCAUUUCGCCAUUGCCUUGAUUUUGGCAUCCAUUGUAAUGUAUGAUGCAACCGGUGUAAGAUUGCAGGCAGGACGACAAGCCGAGGUUCUGAAUCAGAUCGUAUACGAACUUCCGGCUGAACAUCCUUUGGCUGAGAGCAGACCAUUGCGUGAACUUCUGGGUCAUACCCCUCCUCAGGUCAUUGCAGGUGGAAUGCUUGGAAUCUUGACAGCUUUUGUUGGAUAUUCAGUCACAAGGAUAGCGACUACUAUCUAAUAUCUGUGAUGAUGAUGAU